GUAGUAAGUGUCUUUUGGCAAACACUAAUAUUAGUAUGUUUUGCUUCCUGAAGUGUAUUGAUUUCGUAAGAAGUAACUCGUGUGAUGAAAUGUCAUGAUUUGACACUUUGUUUUCCUCAGCAUGCUAAGCUAUGUAUACUUUACUGUGAAACCACAGUCCUAUCAGUAACUUAUCAGGAGUCCCUUAUCAGUCAGAUUGUGCAGGACCACAGUGCAGAGGCUAUUGUUUAUAAAAGGCACCGAAACUCAAGCACAUCAUUCAAAUGUGCUCUCAGCAGAGUGAAGAGGUUGGUUUGAUGUGCAUGGCAUCAGGAUAAGAGGCACCAUGAGUGCGGAGCUGGAUGCCCUGACCGUGGUGAACCAGCUGCGAGAUCUCGCUGCGGACCCCCUGAACCGAAGAGCCAUCGUAGAAGACCAAGGCUGUCUGCCGGGCCUGAUCCUGUUCCUGGACCACCCUAACCCACAGGUCGUCUAUUCGGCAUUAUUGGCCGUGCGCUACCUGGCAGAAUGUCGAGCCAACAGGGAGAAGAUGAAGGGCGAGCUGGGCAUGAUGCUGAGCUUGCAGAAUGUCAUGCAGAAGAGUACGUCGCCCGGGGAGACCAAGCUGCUGGCCUCUGAGAUCUAUGAGAUCCUGCAGGUGGCGGGUAAAGAGGAGGCGGAGCAGGCGGAGGCGGCGGCUGCGUCCUGCCAGCGCAAAGCCCAGUUCUUCCUGGGCUCCAGCAACAAGAGGGCCAAGACCGUGGUGCUGCACAUCGACGGGCUGGACGACUCUUCUCGGAGGAGCCUUUGUGAGGACGCGCUGCUGAAGAUUCGAGGAGUGAUCAGCUUUACCUUCCAGAUGGCCGUCAAGAGAUGUGUAGUCAGGAUCCGCUCCGACCUCAAAGCUGAGGCGUUGGGCACAGCAAUCAACUCCACCAAAGUGAUGACGGCUCAGCAGGUGGUGCGGACGGAGAAUGGAGCCGAGAGGAUCUUGCCGUUCAGCGAGGACUCAGAGGAGCUGGUGGAGGUGAACGAAGACAUCCCAGACUACCUGCCUGAGGAGGAGAGCCCGUCCCAGGAGCAGGACAAGGCGGUGACACGCGUGGGCUCCAUCACAGACGGCAUGGGCUGGCUCAACACGGCCGCCAACUUCCUGACCCGCUCCUUUUACUGGUGACCACUUCCUGUCUCUCUCUCUGCUCCUCUAUUUCCUCUAAAGUACCAUCCAGCUGCAGCCUUAGUGUCUCCCAGCCUCGGACUAAGCCAACACUAGCGUAGCCCCCACCACCACCACCACCUCCGCUAAGCACACCACGAGCGUGCAACAAGUGCUGGACUGCCGAGGGGAACCUGCAAUAACUUUAACUUGUGUAUAUUUCCAGCUACAUCCCACUACUGCAGGCUUUAAUGUGCACAACUUGCUGCGUAUGUAUCUCACCAGACAUAGCCAGAGGACGACAGAACGUACCAAACUGAAUUCUGGACAUAUUUAAUUGAGGCUGAUUCAUUAGAAAUUGGGAGUUCCUUUUUUUUUGUGUGCAUGAUUUUCUUGGUUGCUUUCCCUCAUCGCGUCUGCUCCCUUUCCAUUUGACUUUACAUAUUUUUCAGUCUAUUCUUUUCCCCUGCAGUUUUAUUUAGCAUGCUUUUCGUCUUUUGUGCCAAUCUUUGCCUGAUGCCUAGCUCUGUGAUUAUUGUGCGUGCCUUUUUGACAUUUUACUUUAGCUCUAUAUAUAUAUUUAAUAUUGUUUUUUUCAUCAUUCGUUUAAAUAAUUUGAGAGUCGUGUCCGGUGUAACAGCUGUGCGGGGCAGCUUUUAGCUUAGCGUGGGACGUCUCCUCAGUAGAAAUAGUAAAGUAGACCCCAGCAGCGGCUCUCAUGCAUUACAGACUGAUUGAUAAACCACCACUAACUACAUUAUCUGAACUCCUCUGGACUAAUCCGAUGACAGCAGCAGUAGUUUCACAGCUCUCUGUGUUUUUGCACACACGUUAGGCUACCUCUGCUUUCACAUCAGCUUUAUAGUCUUCUGUAGUUCCCUUCCGCAGCAUGUCAAAUACCAACCUGUUAGCUGCCUGCUCAUUAAACCCCUUGACUUCCACUAACACUGUUACAGUAUCGUCGCCCACCUGUUUAAUCUUCAGUUUAGCCAGCAGUGUCCUUACAGCAUCAUCAUGUCGCUGCACGCUCACACACACACACACACACACACACACACACAGGACUCGCUGUGCAGGAGUGGUUAACUGGAACAACGGUGUGGUUAUGUACAUUUUGUAAAUGGUGCCUGAUUCCCUGAAGUCUUGGACCUUACAUGUGAAGGAUUGUUCCGGUUUUUGUAAUUUGAUUUUAUGUCAGGAUCAUAACAGCUUAGUGAGUUUAUUCCUUUAGCCUUUACGACCCCAUGACUCACACCAGGUCUAAUUAUGAUCUCGUCUGACUGGUGUGAGUGUCAUUAAUGAUUAUAAUUGACUCUGCUGACCGGGCGACUUUUAUUGUUCUGAUGGUGCAUACACGUCACAGUCGGUCGAGGUCAAACGGAUAGAGGAUCGGCACAGAAUGACCUGACUACUCAAAAAGCAAUAAUAUGUUUUUGCGGUAAAUGUAGAGAUAGAUCAGCCUUUAAAAUAAUGUUUUUGGAUAAAAGGUAUCAGUUAGGGUUAUCAUCAGUAUUAAACAUGUGUUCUUUAUUUGUCCGUUUUGCACAGAAUCAGUCUCUAAAUUGCAUCUCUUGGUUUUUAAUAUUUGGUGUCGGCUCACACUGCGAAGAAUACUUGAACGUAGUUUCUUAGAACUCUUCUCAUGUGUCGGUCAAAGUGUAAAUUUCCCACAGCUGUUAGAUGAACCACCUCUGUAAGGUUGACUCCAUGUGUACAGACUCCAGUCUGUCUUCAAAUGUAAAAUACUGAAUGCAGAUCUGAAACUGUAGAUCCCUUACACUGUUAAUGCAAACGAUGAUAAACUAAAAAUCUAAA